AUGGAGAUCCAGAUAGAGGCGACGACAGUGAUGCAGACCCCGAUGAGGUUCCACGUGCUCCGCAGGUACGUGCCUGCGCGCCGCACCUUCUCGCACAACGAGAGCAUCACCCUGUGCACGCACGGCGACUACGUGCACCUCGAGAACCUGCAGCAGCUGGCCGAGCGGUGGCGAGGUCCCGUGUCCGUGGCGGUGUACGCUCCGGGCGACGACCUCGGCCCCACCGUCGAUGCCAUCGUGCACUGUCGGACUUGCUUGUCGCCGCUCAUCGCAGAGCUGGUCACCUUCCACGUGUUCUUCGACCGCUCUGCGGCGAGAGCCGGGAGCUUCCCGCACAGCACGCUGGUGAUGGCCAGGAUGGCCAACUGCACGUCUGUGCCACCGUGGACGUGGUUAGCACGCCUACAUGGUGCAAUUUGGGCCGUGCGUAAGGUCUCGCACGCCAAAUCGAGGUACCGUCUUCGCCAUGGAUAUGACAAGCACAAGCAUGGCCUGCACUACCCCGUGAACGUGGCUCGCAACAUAGCGAGGCACUCCGCCACCACCCGGUAUGUGCUGGUCAGCGACAUAGAGAUGUACCCGAGCGAGAACAUCAUACCCUGGUUCCUGAAGAUGAUUGGCCGGCGGCCCACGACACCAGCAAGAGACAGGCCCAGGGUGUACGUGCUGCCCGACUUCGAGGUGCGGCGCAACAUCCGGGCGCCCACCACCAAGGCACAGUUGGUGAAACUGUUUUGGAGGCAGCAGGUCCUGCCCUUCCACAAGCAACUGUGCCCGGAGUGCCACCAGGUGCCCCGGCUGAGACAGUGGCUGUCUGCCAGGCCCGGCACGGAGCUGGCGGUGACCUCGGUGGCCAGUCGGCAGGGCGCCCUCAGGUACUGGGAGCCUGUGUACAUCGGCACCCGCAGCGAGCCGCGCUACGACGAGCGCUUCACCUGGGAAGGCCAGCGUGACCGCAUGGUGCAGGUGUUUGAAUUGUGCGCUCUUUGCUACGAGUUCCAUGUGCUGGACAAUGCGUUCGUAGUGCACAAGCCAGGCGUGAAGAAGUUCAAGAAGGAGCGGGACAGAAGUGUGUAUGUUCACCAGACGAAGGAGAUGGUGGAAAGAAUUGUAUUGCCAGAACUGGAGAGAAAAUACCCAGCAAGCCGCUACUGCUACCUUUGA